AUGAGCCUCACGCCCUGCAGUUCCCGCUCGCUGUUCCCGCUGCUGGCGUUUCUGUUGCUUCUCACACUGCCACAACAUUUAGCUGAAGGGAAUCCUACCUCCAUCAGAGUGGCAACAGAGCUGCGUUGCGUUUGCUUAAGCGUAACUCCGAGAAUUAAUCCCAAAAUGAUCGUUAAUUUGGAGGUGAUCGCUGCAGGUCCACAGUGCCCCAGAGUGGAAGUCAUAGCUAAGCUGAAGAACCAGAAGGAGGUCUGUCUGGACCCAGAAGCUCCUUUGAUGAAGAAAAUCAUUCAGAAAAUACUGGACAGUGGAAAUAAGAAAACUAAGACGAAUGCAGUUGCAUCGGAAAAAUCGUUCAGUGAUCAAUAGAAAAAUUUCCAAGGAUUCUGGCCGCAGUGAAGACAAGAAGGAAAGGCUUACUCCCCCCAUUCCCAGUAAUUUUCUUUAUGAACUCCUUGCUUUGAAGGGGAAAGGGAAGCCGCUGUCCCUGAAGCUUUCCCCUCACUUUCUGAGUGUAUUUAGCAAAGCAUAUCUAAUUCUUUUCUGUUACACUAUUGCAAAUUGUGGUGUUUUUGCGUGUAAGUCAAGAAUCUUUGGUUAUUAAUCUUUCAAAAUGUCUUGAAGUGAAGGUGACAAUUGCAUUUUAUCUCAGAAAAUACAUGUAUGUGUGUGUGUGUAUAUACAUAUACCUUGUAGUGUUUAUGGGAAGGUUGUGGACUUAACAGAUUGAUGAAGUUCUGUUAGAAGCUGUUGAUGGCAACACCUCAUUCUCUCUCUCUUAUGAUAUGAGAGCUAUUUUAUUGUUGUUUCAACUGGGUGUGUUGGUGUGUUGAGAUUUUUCUUACAUCUGAGACUGGGGUGGUAUAUAACUUUUAUGGCAUUAGCAAGCUGGUAUGUCAUGCAAAAAACCUAUGUAGAAUACAUUUCCUUAUUUAGAAUUUCUAAAUGUGUAAGUUCUAGGGGGGAUUAAUGUAUUCUUAUCUUACAAUUUUAGACAUUUGAUGUCUUCUUAGUAUGGCAUAAUGUCAUGACUUAACAUCAAACUGAUUGUAUGUUAUUUAUUAACUAGUUUAUUACUAUUAUUUGGGUCACUAAUUGUAU